CUGCGGAGGGGGAAAAAAAGAAGCCAGCGGGCCUGGCCAGGCUGUUUUGCCGCCCGGAGUCGGUGGCGGCAGGUCGGAGGCGGAUUAGCCGGCCGGCCGUCCUUGGAGGGCGGCUGGCUGGCUGGAGGGAGAAAGGAAGGAGCAGACGCCGCCGGAGCAUCAUCAUCAUCAUCCCCCGGGAGGGGAGGGAACCGGCCAGGCUGAGCUUACCUGCUCCUGUUCCUGUUCAAACCUGGCACUGCUUAGCUUUGCAACACAACUAAACUCACCCAGGUAUUGUUUCCUGUUGGAGACCUAGUUGGGUAUCGGCAUUGGCAGAGGGCACCUUGUGAAUGUCACCAUGGAGAAGAAGGAGAACUUUCCAGCUCUUAAUUCCCUGAACGAGUACCAGCCGAUUGGGACAGCGGAUAAAAUUAACCAGAGUGGCAACACUCAAAGGAAUGGUGGAAACCAAAGAACCAUGCAACUGAAAAAGGAAAUCUCUCUCCUUAACGGCAUCUGCCUUAUUGUAGGGAAUAUGAUUGGGUCCGGGAUAUUUGUUUCUCCCAAAGGAGUGCUGAACUAUAGUUUGUCCUAUGGAUUAUCCCUAGUCAUCUGGGCCCUGGGAGGCAUGUUCUCCGUGAUCGGAGCGCUCUGCUACGCUGAACUGGGCACCACGAUCACCAAGUCGGGAGCCAGUUAUGCAUAUAUCUUGGAGGCCUUUGGAGGCUUCAUUGCCUUUAUACGUCUGUGGACAUCGCUGUUGAUCAUUGAGCCCACCAGCCAGGCCAUCAUCGCAAUAACCUUCGCCAACUAUAUCGUGCAGCCAGUCUUCCCUUCUUGUCAGCCUCCGUACAUUGCUUGUCGUCUUAUCGCUGCGGCUUGUGUAUGUCUUCUAACGUUUAUAAAUUGUGCCUAUGUUAAGUGGGGAACAAGGGUGCAGGAUGCAUUCACCUAUGCCAAAGUCAUUGCUCUAAUUGUCAUCAUCGUUACAGGAAUUGUUAAACUAUGCCAGGGAUACUCAGAACAUUUUCAGGACUCUUUUGAGGGGUCAUCUUGGAACCUCGGAGGAAUUUCUCUUGCACUUUAUUCUGCCUUGUUCUCAUACUCAGGUUGGGACACCCUGAAUUUUGUAACUGAAGAAAUUAAAAAUCCAGAAAGGAAUUUGCCUCUCGCUAUUGCGAUUUCUAUGCCGAUCGUGACGAUUAUCUACAUCUUGACCAAUAUAGCUUACUAUACAGUGCUUGAUAUUAAUGCUAUCCUUUCUAGUGAUGCUGUUGCCGUGACGUUUGCUGACCAAGUAUUUGGGGUUUUCAGCUGGACCAUUCCAAUAGCUGUCGCCUUGUCCUGCUUUGGGGGGCUGAAUGCCUCCAUUUUAGCAUCAUCCAGGCUCUUCUUUGUAGGAUCUCGGGAAGGUCAUCUGCCUGACCUCUUAUCCAUGAUCCACAUUGGAAGGUUUACACCCGUCCCAGCUCUUCUCUUCAAUUGUACUAUGAGCCUCAUCUACUUGACUGUGGAAGAUGUCUUUCUCCUUAUUAACUACUUCAGUUUCAGCUAUUGGUUCUUUGUCGGGUUGUCCAUUGCUGGACAGCUCUACCUCCGCUGGAAACAACCAGAUCGGCAUCGACCACUCAAGCUGAGCCUGUUUUUCCCCAUCGUCUUCUGUAUGUGCUCAAUUUUUUUAGUGGUUGUGCCACUCUACAGUGACACCGUUAAUUCUCUGAUUGGCAUUGGAAUUGCACUCUCUGGGAUUCCAGUCUACUUCAUGGGGGUCUACUUGCCUGUAUCCAAAAGGCCACCUUUGGUCAGCAAAGUCUUAGGUGCUGUCACUCGAUCCACUCAGUUACUUUGUGAUUGUGUUCUGACGGAAAUGGAUGCUGUUGAAGAAAAAGAAGAAAGCAAAUCUAAUUAAACAUGGGGAAAAAAGAGUAGUUCAACCAGCUGCUCGGAUGAAAGUCUGGACAUGACAGUGCAGCCCAGAUCUUCUUUCUGGAUUUGGAGAUUUUACCCGGUUGAUAUAAUUUGGUUGCCUUUUUGCUUGUUAGUUUUGUAAAAAUGAGAACGCUCACCAAGAUUCUCAGGCAUAAAUCACUACGUUUUUUUUUAAUCCGAUGUUUUUAAGCAGCAAAAUCAAAGGUCUUUAAGGAAAGUGCCCGAAGAUGGACAUUAGACAAUUAGUCUAACAAAAAAGAAAAUCUUGUCCAAUUUACUAAAAUUGGAAAGUUUCAUCAGGUCUACCAAGCAAUCAGUUGUUUAAUCCUGCACUAAUGAUUGUGACCAGCUAUUCCUCCCAAGUGAUUGAAUAUGCUAAGAAGGUUUAUCUGCCUUCUUGAUCUUUAGAAGUAGUCUAACUCCAUUCUUCAUCCUUCAUAUCCUCAAGAUAUUCAGAAGGUGCUGGUCAUCUCUUCCUGACUUCAAUUGCUUUGAUCAAAUUAGAGGUUUAGAUGGAAGUGUAUUUGGAGUCAAUCAAAUUGGAAUCAACUCAACACAGUAGGGUACGAAGUCUAGGGCUUGGAAGCCAACAUUUUUAACCAGGAUAAUAAGCACCACAACUGUUCAUUUGGCUCUCUCCCAACAUUGGGCAUUGAACAUGUCAAAUUCAUGCUGCUUCAGCUCCCUGAUAUUUUUAAGGAUUUUAUACAGAACCAUUCUUAAUGUAAAAGUUGGACUUGGCUUGAGGAGCUAUCAAAACUUUUAUUACUGAGUUAAUAGGGUUCAUAGUUUUAAAAAAUGCACAUUUUUAAGGCACUUUCUUUAAUGCAAGUAGAAAAAAGUUUGUGUAAAGUGGUACAGGGAGAAACUGUGAAGCUAUUUUGGGGGCAAAGACAGUUUCUCACUUGAUUAUGCUAGUUUUUAGUCUAAACAAGAGAAAGGUUAAGAACAGGGAUUCAGGCCCAAUGUAGUCCGACAGUCCACUUGAUUUUAUCAACGUCUUGAUUGUCCAGUUAUAUCUUCUCACUCUGGGAUCACGUUUCCACCCUUAUCAGCUGCAAAUCAAUAUCAAUGAUUUUAUUUUAUUAGAAAAGGUUGCUUGGACCUCAUUAGGAAAAGCACCCUCAAUUCUGAACAUGCAUUUUGUUAGUUUCCCAAGCAGACUCUCUCUUCAAAAAUGUGUCAUGUUGUGUCUUUCUGUGUCUCUUGGUUGUUUCUAGAGGCACAGAAGCAAAAAGGUAGAAAUAUCUCUCCGCCCCUCUGCUUCUCCUUUGUAUGCAAUUGGAUAAACUGAUGGGUGCUAAAGAAUAAAAGUUUAAGUACUCUCACAAUGGAUUACACCUGAGAAGAGGCUCCUUGAUCAGUUGUGAGCUUUGCUCACUUUUAAUUAUGUGCAUGUGUAAAUUUCCACAGCUUAAUUGUCAAAAUCAUUGGUACUGUGUUCUUAAGUACUUAUUAUAAAUGGAAGGUAGUUAAAAAAACAGCAACCGAUCUAUACAUGUAAUUAUUCAUUUUUUUAAUUCAAACAAAAAUUGGAUUUGCUUUCAGAUUUGAAUCCAGUUAUAAUCAACUCUAAUAAGAGGAGUGCUAUUUAUUGUAUUGCUGAAGAACCCAGAAAGGAACAGUUUUUGAAGCUUUGUCUCUCAGUUCUUAUGAAAACCAAAUGAUUUGAAUCGACCGCAUUAGAUCAAAAAUGUCUUUGAAAAUGUACUACAUCCAUUUAUCUUGGUGCUUUUUAAUUAGGUUUCAGUCUCAUAGUGCAAUAGAAAUGUGGCCAAUAAACGUUUUAUUUAGUUUAA